AUGCUUUAUUCUUUGCCUACAGAAACGAAGAUUGAUAUUUUUAAAUUCCUCAGCUAUGCGGAUUUAUGUUCAAUCAAACGAACAAAUUUAUAUCUUCGGGAUUUUAUUUAUGAAUUUGAAGGAGACCUUGCUUUGGAGAAAUUUUACGAAAUUUCAAUUGAUUAUUUUCAUCGAGAAUAUUUUCUUAGAGAAUAUUCUCGUAAAUUAAUUAAACCCAAGGCUGAAAAUUUCAACUUUCCUCUGAAUGAACAACUUGAAAAGAGGUGGAAAAAUGGAUUAGAAGAACCGAUUCCUUUGUAUUUACCUAAUCUCAGUUCAAACAAAAAUGUUCUUAUUUGGUUAUUUAAAGGAGAUUACAACGGUCGAAACCUUUAUCUUCUACUACAACUGCCAACAAUCAUUAAAAGUAAAGAAGACAUCAAAAUUGUUUAUUAUUAUUUAAAUAAAUUAUUUAAUUGUUCUUUUGAACAUGUCUCUAUGGAAAACUAUAUAUUCAAUCCAGAAUUAAUUCAAUUAUUAUUUGAAAAUUCUUCCAAACAAUUUUAUAUUCAAAAAUGCUGGCUGUUUAUGGAAAACUUUAGUGAAAAUAAAUUAAAAUUUGCUUUGAAUUAUUUGUGUGUUAGUGGGACUCUUACAAUUACUUUUCCUCCAAAUAAGGACAUGACAAAUUAUACGGAUAUUUUAUUUGAAAUUUUAAUGAAUGGAGACAAAUUUAAUGAAGUUCAUUUAAAUUCAAAUAAUUUGCAAACACUUUUUGAUAUUAUUAUAAAUGUAAGUUUUUCUCCGUAA